CAUGCAGUAGGGUAAGUCCACUUCUCUUGGAAGGCACUCUCCACUGCAGUAGAUUCGUUCCUUGCACAAAAAGUUGGGCCAACAUCCAUUAGACAAGAACUCUACGUCCGCAGAAUUUUGUAAGAAAGCUGUGAAGGCAGAAGAAGAGGAGAGGGAGGGAGUAAAAUGGCUCUGGCUGCUUCUACUAAUGCUGCUGGGUUUGCUAAACGGAGCAGAAAGCCCUACACCUACGAGAGACUGAGCGACCUGCGACUCGGCAGCAGUCCCGUGAGUGUCAUGGGAGUUGCAGUACUGUUCAAGGCGCCCUACCAGAGCAGGGGACGUGACUUCACCUGCACCGUGGAGAUAGUGGACGAGGGGUGCAGCAACUCCCCUGUCCCGCUCAUCUUCUUCAACAAGGAGAAGGAGAAACUCCCGAGAGGGGUUAAUGUCGGGGAUGUGGUGUGUGUGAGGAGGGUGGAGGUGGGAGAGUUCAACCACCGGCUCCAGGGGAAGUGCCGUAAUCACUCCAGUUGGUUGGUCUGGGGCAGUAGCCAGCGGGGAGGAGGACGAGAAGGACGAGGGAAAGCACCCACACUGACGUCUGAAGGAGCUUCUUGGGACUCUCUCGAAAUGACGAGAGCUGGGAAACUUCUCUCCUGGAGCACCUCUGUUGGAACUGACUCCCAGCUCCCUGGGCCCAGUAACCAACCGGCCAGCGUCCCCCUGUCCCCGCUACGCGGCGGCUCCUCAGUCCUCCCACUCUCCGACAUCACCAUCGUCGACCACAAGAUCAACAUCCUCAGUGUCGUAAAGACCGUCUCUCUCCCUCAGAAAUCCCGCGGGCCCGAUUAUUUCAUUAGCGUGGUGCUGAUCGACGAGACUAACUCGAGCGAUGGUUUUCCGUUGACGCUGUUUGCGCCGGAGGAGAACGAACUUCCCCAGGUAGGUGACCCCGGUUCUGUUGUCUACCUGACCAACGUGAAGAUCACAGAGUACGAGGGAAGCAUCCUGGGCUGCGGCCACCAGCGUUCGAGAGUCGUCUGUUUCACCUCGCAGUCUGACAGUGGAGAGAUGGUGGCCAAAGGUGGUGACGAUGCUGACGUUCCGAACAAUGUGAGGCAGAGGGCGCAGUUUCUUCUAGAGUGGGUGGCAACUGCCCAACCGGCUCUAGUAACAGUGGAACCUUCCCAACUCCCACCAGAAUCCCAAACUACAACUUCAGUCGCUCCUGCUGCAAACCCUUCAUCUUCUAUUCAGGUGGAUCCUGCAGCAAAUACGUCAUCUUCUGUUCAGGUGGAUUCCGGGCCCGUCUUUGAGCCGCCGACUUUCCUCACAGUCAUGUUCCACCCGACGUGGCCGCUCUGCACACUCAGGGAUGUUCUAGACUCCUCCGCAGUUCCCUUGGGUUUCCGUCUCCGAGUGAAGGUCCUUCAAGUAGCGCAGCCCCUGGACCAGUGUUGUCAGCUGCGAUGUCCGCAGUGCAAACACCAUUACCCUCCCUCGCAGGAGGAGGAAAACCAGGGAAGUAAUGGGGAAUGCGAGAGAUGCAGCGAAGGUGAACCAGUCAACCUACGAUACAUGUACACUCUCUCUCUACUCGUCGGGGAUUUGUCGGGUGUUACCUCCCUGGUCCACCUGACAGACACUGACGCCAGCGAUUUCUUCCGGAACCUUCCGCCGGCCGAUUUGAAUGAAGAUUCCACCACAAGAGAGUCGCUGUUGAAGAUACUGAGAUCACUCUGUGGUGGGGAGGACCCGUUUUCAACCUCGUCUGACCCACAGCGUUUGCUGUCGGACAAAUCUCGUCCGUGGAUCGAUUGCUGUGUCCAGACCUACCCCUCGUGGAAGGGGGCACAGCUUCGUAUCAUAGACACAUGGUAUAUACGUCAAUAGGGACCACCACAAGCUGUCACAACAAUGCCCUAUCGGUUCCUGUGGCUCGUGCGUGACCUGCUUACAUUCUCUGGGAGUAAUGUAUACUUUACUAUCUUGGAUAUC